AGCGAUUCGACCGUCGCGCUCUUGCAUAACCUCACGUCAACCAGGAAAAAAGUAUUUAUGAUAAGGAGGUUUUCAAGUACAAAACCGCCGCUGAACUACUUCAAUCUCCCCACCGCAUUAUUUCUGUCGCGUGUGUGUUGGUGUGUGUGUGUGUGUGUGUGUGUGUGCUUGUAUUAUCGUUUGUGUUACUCCUGCGCGCUCUGUUGCGUGUGAAGAAAAGGUGCUUGCGAGCUGCUUCGCUUAAGCACAGACGUUUGCACCGUUAUUCACUCCUCAAAAGGUGGGCAGAACAAGGAAACACAGUUGCCCCUCUUCAUUGUAUUCGUCAUCUUUUCUUGUUUUCUUCGUUGCAUUCACGUAGAAGCGCAAAUACCCUUAAAAAAAAAACGGAAAAAGGAGACUGCUUCUUGUUAAUGCAGACCAUCACGUCCUCUGGCACGUUGCCGGUGUCGCCGAUGAGCCGCAACGGCGGUCUCACCGUGACGGGCAGCGGCCACAACCUCAACGGUACCGCAUCCCCCACACCACAGCAGGAACUCGCGCAGCAGCUGCAGGCUAUUCGUGAGCGUCGCAAUUGGCUCAUUCACAUCUUGUACGUGCGACAAGAGUACAGCAACUGCAUGCAGGUGAUCGAGGCCGAGCUGCGCGAGACGGAGGGCACCUGCGAAUACGCCCUCUACGUAAAAGGUCUGCUGAAGCGGAUGGAAGGGGCGCUGACGGAGUCGCUCGGGCUGCUGCAAACAGCGGUGCUCAUCAGCCCAGAGAACGCAGCCAGCCGCACCCAGCUGGGGCGCGCCCUUCAUCUUUUAGGUCGACACGAGGAAGCCAUCCAGUCCUUCCAAGAGGCCGCGAGUAUUCGCGUCGCCAAAGGGCUGGGCGAGGACUGGGAAGUCGACUAUCACAUCGGCCUCUGCCAUAUGUACCGCCGACGCUAUGACAAGGCGAUUGACUCGUUUCUGCAGUCCAUCGCGAUUCAGCGGCAUGACUGUGCGUAUGUGCAGCUCGGCAAGGCCGCCCUGCUCGCCAAGAACUACGCGACCGCGAUGGACGUGUACAUUGAGGCCGUCACCGUCUCCCCGACCAACCCGGACUUGUUGGCCAUGCUGGGCACGCUGUAUCUGCAGCAAGGCAACCCUGCCGCCGCCUUCGAUUACCUUGGUCGUUGUCUGACGCUGAGUCCCACCCACGUCGACGCUUUGGUCGCAGCUUCCAGCAUCAUUCAGGACAGCGGGGACUACGACGUGGCGCUGACGAAGUACCGCAUUGUGGUGAACCAGCAGCCGGACUCCUCGCAGGUGUGGAACAACAUUGGGGCGUGCUUUAUUGGGAAGCGGAACCUCUACGCGGCGGUGGCGUGCCUGCGGAGGUCCGUUUUCCUGUGCCCCUUCGACUGGAUCAGUCACUACAACCUCGGCGUGGUGUUCAUGACGAUGGGACGCUACUGCUCCGCGCUGCAAUGCCUGAACGCUGCAAUCAGCUUACACGACGCGUACGCGCCGGCGUACAUGCUGCUGGGGAUAUGCCUGGGGGAGAUGAAGGACCUGCCCAAUGCCUGCCGUGCCUAUGAUCACGCCCUGACAAUGCAGGACGACUUUCUCGUUUACUUGAACUACGCCAUGACGUUGCUGAAGGCCGGCGCGACGGCAGAGGCGGAACACAAGUUUCGCGUGUUCCGCGGUGUCUGGAGCAGCCUCUCGAGCGCGCAGCGCCACGAGCAGGCGUCGUCGAUUCCAGGAGUAGUGCGCAUGCUGGAGAGUGCGCUGCCGAAUUCUGCUCCGGCGGUGGGUGGCGUGAAGACGGGGCCGUCAGAGUCGCCCUCCGUGGAUGGGGCAGGGGAGUCACUGUUUUUGCAUCCCGCGACGGAGGUUGGCACCGAGGCAACGCCACACGAUUUCUCCGUCGCAGCCACAACAGCAGCAACCUCGACGUAA